AUGUCUGAAUAUAUUCGGGUAACAGAAGACGAGAAUGAAACACCGUCAGAAGAUGAUGGGACAGUGCUGCUGUCUGCUGGUACGGCCCAGUUUCCAGGGGCACGUGGGCUAAGCUACAGGAAUCCAGUGUCUCAGUGUCUGAGAGGUGUCCGUCUGGUAGAAGGAAUUCUGCAUGCCCCUGAUGCUGGCUGGGGAAACCUGGUAUAUGUUGUCAACUAUCCGAAAGAUAAUAAAAGGAAGAUGGAUGAGACAGAUGCUUCCUCAGUAGUGAAAGUGAAAAGAGCUGUCCAGAAAACAUCUGACCUAAUAGUGUUGGGUCUCCCGUGGAAAACAACUGAACAGGAUCUUAAAGACUAUUUCAGUACCUUUGGAGAAGUUCUUAUGGUUCAGGUUAAGAAGGAUAUUAAAACUGGUCAUUCAAAAGGGUUUGGCUUUGUUCGCUUUACGGAAUACGAUACCCAGGUGAAAGUAAUGUCACAGAGACACAUGAUAGAUGGGCGAUGGUGUGACUGUAAACUUCCUAAUUCUAAGCAAAGUCCAGAUGAGCCUUUAAGAAGCAGAAAAGUUUUUGUUGGCCGUUGUACAGAAGAUAUGACUGCCAAUGAGCUGCGGCAAUUCUUUUGUCAGUAUGGAGAGGUGGUAGAUGUCUUCAUUCCCAAGCCAUUCAGGGCUUUUGCCUUUGUCACAUUUGCAGAUGAUCAGGUUGCCCAGUCUCUCUGUGGCGAGGACUUGAUCAUUAAAGGAAUCAGCAUGCGCAUAUCCAAUGCUGAACCUAAGCACAAUAGCAAUAGACAGUUACAAAGAAGUGGAAGAUUUGGUGGUAAUCCAGGUGGCUUUGGGAGUCCGGUUCAUCUCAUUUCAAAUGUUUAUGGAAGAAGCGCUUCAUUGAAAGAAGUGCUGUAA